UUAGACUUUUAAAAUCAUAAAUGCCAAUCUUCAAAACAUUUUGGUUAUGAAUCCAUUUCCAAUUUUUUGACAAUGCCUGAUUGAUCACUCAGGGCGACAUUUGUUGGGAAAUUAUCUCUGAUGGGAAUUCAGUUAUGACUCAACAUAAUUCAUAAUAAAAAUCUCAAAGAUACUUGAGCCGCAUCUCAUCCCACGAGUAUGAAACUGGAUUUCAAGUCUAGAGCUUUUGGCAUUAAUGUUGUUUUGGGUGGGAGCAAGUUGGAAGAUCACAUUGCCAAAAAAUGUCAUGUCCCCGAGUCUGGCAGUCUGCCAUGCCAGUCUGUAAAUGCUUAGAUGUUAUAUAAACUGAACCCAUUAGGUUAAUCUAUACUAAAUGAACACUGUAUAUCACUGUACAUCACUUUUUAAAUGUGUGCAACAAAAAACUUGUUAAAGUCAGCUCAAAUUAAAAUAACCAUAUACAAAACUACCUGCAGGCACAGUAAUGAAGCCUUAUCAAAUCUAGCUAAUGCAUCAAGAACAUAAAUCCUUAUCUCUACUUCAAAGGUCCAACCCUUCUUCUUGUAAAGAUGCCAUAUUCCUACCUCUGAUAUUUCGAUGCUUUUGAUCUUAGACCGGGAAGAGCUGGCCACAUGGUGUGUUUAAAGUAAUACUUUCUCUCCAGUACCCAGUCAUAUGGCAUUUUGUUUGUACUUUCCUUUCAUGGGUUAUGUCUGAGAGCACCCGGUUUAUGGACCCUCACCUAACCAGCCUGUGCCUGCCUGCUAGGUGAUACAUGAAUGUGUCAGUUAUAAAAAGUUAGCCUAAGGGCAAACUGUGGAUGCCUUCACCUCUGACAGUCGCCGGGUAUGGGAUUAUAUCUACAUCCUAAUCACAUCUCGCCUCAUAGUUCAGGCCUGAAUGAAUAAAGGGAGAAAGACGGCUUUUUGCCAGUUGGUCUAGAGAAUUAACAAGGGCAGGAACUGACCAAAAACCUGGGCAACGAUCUAGAGAAUAUCUACCAACUGCAGCUUCUAUUGUUUGUGCUUUGUGUAAUGAGCCAGGCACUACAACUGGAUAUGUACAUCCAAUGGCUCUACACUCAAAAGUAUGCAUGAAUUUAUAUAACAAUUCAAUGCCACAAUAUAACACGAUAGGGAUUGGUUGUUUUUUAAUCUAAGAUAAAUGCGAAAAAACUGUGAAUUCUGCAAGGUGAGAAGCACAUCUAAAGGAUCCCGCAAACCAAACUACAAGACAUCAGUGCCACAACAUCUGUAGCAGUCACCAUGUCUUAUUAUGCUUGUUCAAGGAUGGAAUUUCAACAACAGUCCAGCAGACAGUGGAACUCACAGAUAAUGAAUGAGAGUUGGUACCAUUAUGUGAAGCAUCAACAAGUCCAUGAGACUUCCACUGUAAACGAAGCCGUGUGCUAUGAGAUUGACUUGGACACACAUUCACUACAGGGAGACAUCACACAAAAGGGGUUUGAGAAGAAACGGGCUCGCCUACUUCAACCAUAUAUGGCCAGCGGGGCUGUAACAAAAGCUGUAUCGGGUCCACAGAACCCCAGCCCGGCCACAGCAGCCCAGCGCAAGGCAUCCAGACGAGCCACGCGGGAGGAUAACAGGUACCAGUCAGAAAUCCGCACAGAAGCAGUAAUGCAGGCUCUGGCUCUCCAUGGACCCCGAGUACCUGUUAUGCCUCUGCCUUCCAAGAGAGUGUCAGCAUACAGUCCGAACAGAAGAGAACAGCGAAGGGGAACAGACUCUUCAUCAGAUGAUGACAGUGUAUUUGAUGAUGACCGCUCUAGGCGUGGAAGUGGUGACCAGACGCCCUCUUCCUCCUCCUCUUCCCAGCAUUUACGUCCACAGGGAGUACGGAUAGAGCCCAGGAGAGGUAGUGCCUAUGCCAUACUGAAUAUUCCAGGAUCCAAGGGGGGCUUAGCUGAUGUUAUGAGGGAAUCCACCCCAGGCCAAAAUUUCCAGCAGCCCCCGGAUAUUACCAGCAACACCAGUACUCUGACCCGUGCAGACCGCGUGCAGCAACGAUACAAUGCUCAAAGUCAUGCACACGUGUCCUCCGUGCGUGUGUCACAUUCUGGUGCUGUCACAGGGAUGUCUGAUGAAAGUAAGAGUCACGGCAAAGUUUCUGCUAAGAUUCAACAGUUGCUCAAUACGUUAAAGAGGCCCAAGAGAAAGCCAUUAAAAGAAUAUUUUGUAGACGACGAAGAUGAACUCCAAGUCCCACCAUCAGAUCCAAAUGCCCCCAAGCCAGAGGGCAGCACCAUCUCUCCUGCCAUUGGGGAGCAGUUAAUCAUUCCAUCUGGGUUGCCCAGAAACCUAGAAGCUGCAGUCCAGAGGUAUGGAUCUGCCUCCUAUAAAGCUGCAGCUGUUACCACACUAGACCAGAAUGGGAGGCCCACGUCCACCCUCACAUACGGAAAAUUAUUGAGUAGGACUCAGAAAAUAGCCUACAACUUGUUACACAAGAUAGGUAGCAAGGUGGACCCAGGGGUGAAGCCAGGUGAUAGAGUUGCAUUAGUAUAUCCAAACCAUGACCCCAGUUCCUUUAUCUGCGCUUUUUAUGGCUGCCUAGCUGCUGGAGUGGCCCCAGUCCCUAUAGAGGUGCCCACAUCAAAGAGGGAUGCUGGGGCUCAAGGCAUUGGUUUCUUGCUUGGGUCUUUAAAUGUUAAUGUUGCGCUAACUUCUGAAGCAUGUUUCCGUGGCUUACCAAAAACACAGUCUGGGGACGUGAUGCAGUUCAGAGGCUGGCCUAAACUUCACUGGUUUGUAACAGAGCACCUAAGUCGACCUCCUAAAGACUGGCUCCCUCCUCCCCGGCUGUCUGAUGAAGCCCCAGCAUAUAUAGAGUAUACUCAUGGUGGUAAAGAUGGCAGUGUGAUGGGGGUUACUGUCACUAGGAACAAUAUGUUAUGUCACUGUAGAACCCUCACUGUAGCUUGUAAUUAUACAGAAGGGGAGGUUAUGGUAUGUGUAUUAGACUUCAAGAAAGACGUAGGACUAUGGCAUGGUAUUUUAACAAGUGUCUUCAAUGGCAUGCAUGUAAUCUUUGUCCCAUAUUCUCUGAUGAAAGUUGACCCUGCUUCCUGGAUGAAGAUGGUCACAAGAUUUAAAGCAACAAUAGCAGUGGUGAAGUCCCGGGACAUGCAUUGGGGCCUGCUAGCUCAGAAGGACCAUAAAGAUGUCAACCUGUCCUCGUUACGUAUGCUGUUGGUGGCUGAUGGUGCUAACCCAUGGUCGCUGACAUCCUGUGAUUCUUUCUUGAAUGUCUUCCAAAACAAAGGUCUCCGCCCAGAGGCAAUAUGCCCAUGUGCAAGUUCUUCAGAAACACUGACAGUCUCUGUUAGAAGACCUGGUCGUACCAGUGCCAGUGCCACAGGACGAGGAGUGUUGUCCAUGCAGGGGUUAAGUUAUGGUGUUGUGAGGGUGGACUCUGAGAACAGCUUGACCUCUCUCACUUUACAGGACUGUGGUCAGGUUAUGCCAGGUGCUACAAUGGUUGUGGUGCGCAUUGAUGGACCCCCAUACCUAUGCAAAACAGAUGAGGUUGGGGAGCUGUGUGUCAGUGCAGCAUACUCGGGCUCCGGGUACUGGGGACUGCAAGGCAUUACAAGUACUUACUUCAAGGUUCAACCCCUCACUGUAGAUGGCAGACCAGUAAGAGAGAACCACAUGUUUGUUAAAACUGGGCUACUUGGGUUUCUGGGUCCUGGUGGAUUGAUAUUUGUGUGUGGUAGCAGAGAGGGGCUAAUGACAGUUACUGGCAGACGACACAACACAGAUGACAUCAUUGCAACAGUUCUAGCAGUGGAACCUAUGAAGUUCAUUUACAGGGGGAGGAUUGCAGUGUUUUCAAUGACGGUGCUAAAAGACGAGCGCAUUGUGGUGAUAGCAGAACAGAGGCCAGACUGCUCGGAAGAAGAGAGUUUCCAGUGGAUGAGCCGUGUGCUACAAGCUGUGGACAGUAUACACCAGGCUGGGGUCUACUGUCUGGCCCUGGUCCCACCUAACUAUCUACCCAGGACUCCUCUGGGAGGUAUUCACAUACAUGAGACAAAGAAGCGUUUCCUGGAGGGAUCUCUCCACCCAGCCAAUGUACUGAUGUGUCCACAUACCUGUGUUACCAACCUGCCAAAACCAAGAGAACAUCACACUGGGGAUGUAGGUGCAUCUGCUAUGUAUGUAGGUAAUAUAGUCCAGGGGGCCAGGCUGGCUUGGGCUCAGGGAAGAGAUAUUGGCUACUUAGAUGAUGACAGCGACUCAGCAAAAAAGUAUCAGUUCCUGGCUGAAAUAUUACGCUGGCGGGCAGAGGCCACCCCUAACCACCAACUGUUCACAGUGAUGAAUGCAAAGGGUCAGCCUCAUUUGACCACUACAUGCAUGCAGCUGCACAAGAAAGCUGAGAAGAUCGGCUGUCUACUUGUGGAGAGAGGAAAACUCAAUACAGGAGACCAUGUGGCCUUGGUGUUCUCACCAGGUGUUGACUUGAUUGCUGCCUUCUAUGGAUGUCUGUAUGUUGGCAUGGUACCAGUGACAGUGCGCCCCCCUCAUCCUCAGAAUCUGGCCACCACACUGCCCACUGUCCGCAUGAUAGUAGAGGUCAGCAAGGCUGUAGCUGUACUGUCCACUGCCAAUGUCAUUAAACUGUUAAAAUCAAAGGAGGCUGCAGCUGUCACAGACAUCAAGGCGUGGCCUACCCUCUUAGACACUGAUGAUCUCCCCAAGAAAAAGCUGGCUAAUUUAUACAGGGCUCCCACUUCUGAGAUGAUUUGUUACUUAGACUUCAGUGUGUCCACCACAGGCAUGCUAGCUGGGAUUAAGAUGUCCCAUGCUGCUACCACAGCUUUAUGCAGGUCAAUCAAACUUCAGUGUGAGUUAUAUCCAUCCAGGGAUGUGUCUUUAUCUCUGGACCCAUACUCAGGACUUGGCUUUGUGCUUUGGUGCCUUUCAAGUGUAUACUCUGGCCACCACUCAAUAUUGAUUCCUCCCUCAGAGGUGGAGAUUAACCCAGCAAUAUGGCUCACUGUUGUAAGCCAGUGCAAAGUUCGAGACACAUUUUGCUCAUAUGGAGUCAUGGAACUGUGCUGUAAAGGGCUAGGAACUUCCACAGCAAUGCUCAAAACAAAAGGCGUGAAUCUUUCUUGUGUCCGUACCCUGGUGGUGGUGGCUGAGGAGAGACCAAGAAUCCAGCUGACCAGUCAGUUUACUAAGAUCUUUUCCAGCCUGGGAUUGGCACCCAGGGCAGUCAGCACCAGUUUUGGCUGCAGAGUUAAUGUGGCCAUGUGUUUGCAGGGUGCGUCUAGUCCAGACACCACCACAGUCUAUUGUGAUCUCAAAGCAUUGCGCAAUGAUAGAGUUUCACUGGUGGAAAAGGGAAGUCCUCACAGUCUUUGUUUAAUGGAGUCAGGCAAGCUUCUUCCUGGGGUCAAAGUGGCCAUUGCCAACCCAGAGACCAAGGGGCAGUGUGCAGACUCUCACCUGGGGGAGAUCUGGGUGAACACCCCUCACAAUGCCAGUGGUUACUACACGAUAUACGGGGAUGAGUCCCUGCAUGCUGAUCACUUUGACGCCAGGUUGGUCACUGGGGACACACAGACCACCUACGCAAGGACGGGAUUCCUUGGCUUUGUGAGGAGAACGGAACUUACACAGUCUGAUGGAGAGCGUCAUGAUGCUGUGUUUAUAGUAGGUGCUCUGGAUGAGACAGUGAUGCUGCGUGGAAUGAGGUACCAUCCUAUUGACAUAGAGAGCACUGUCCUCAGGUCACAUAGGAAGAUCUGUGAAUGUGCUGUGUUCACCUGGACCAACCUCCUUGUGGUUGUAGUCGAACUGGACGGAAAUGAGAAUGAGGCUCUGGACCUUGUUCCCCUGGUGACAAACGCUGUACUGGAAGACCACUAUUUAAUUGUGGGCGUGGUGGUUGUGGUGGACCCCGGGGUGGUGCCUAUCAAUUCCAGGGGAGAGAAACAGAGGAUGCACCUCAGGGAUGGCUUCCUGGCUGACCAACUUGAUCCUAUAUAUGUGGCAUAUAAUAUGUGAAGACUUUGUAUACCAAAAUACCAUGUGAGGACUUGGUAUACCAUAUACUAUGUGAGGACUUGGUAUACCAUAUACUAUGUGAGGACUUGGUAUACCAUACACUAUGUGAGGACUUGGUAUAUUAUACAGUAUGUGAGGACUUGGGAUAUUCCACAUGCACACAAUGAUGAUAUUGUAUACCAUAUAGUAUGUGAGGACUUGGUAUACCAUUUACUAUGCGAGUGCUUUCUGGUAGGUAAAAGCAAACAUAUACACGAGGAUAAAACAAUUUACAAUUUGAAAUACCAAUUGAGAAUUCCACAUACUGACCAAGUGGGAGAUUCAAGCACUGCACAGACACCAUAUAUAUUUAUAUGGUAUACAGUAUGAGAAUUCCAGAUAAAGCUUAAGGAUACCAUAGACUGUUACCACAUGGGAAAUUCAAAGCCUUAAAUGGACCCGUGACUCCAUACUGGGCAGCAUGUUAUCUUUAUGGAUUGAAUUUGCUUGUGGACUCCAUACAGAACAAGAGUAUUCUGUAUAUUAUCCUAUAUAGUAUAUUGGAUGCUCAGACAUCAUGCUGACACAUUAUUCUAUAAGUGGGCUGUAAGACAUCCAAAUACUCUAUCUCACAUAAUAUAAGAGAUUUCCAACUGAUUCACUUGUACAAUUUAAGAUGAAUACAAAGGAAUGCGAAACGUGUAUGUCAUUGUGAAAUGAAUAUGAGGAUCUUUUCCAAGAUUCAUUAGUCAUUUACAGAAAGGUUGUGUUACUGUAAUACACCAAACGGUAAACAAAGUGGACUGUCACACCAAGUUAAAAGUCACAGUUAUGGGACACCACAGUAUAAUGGCAAUGCAGCUUAUAAAUAUACUAUAUUCUGCCAAUAUCAAUGCAGCUGAAAUAUACAGUAUAUUCUGCAACAUUUACAAUGGAUGUUAUUCACCUUCCAGUUACGGACAUGUAACAUUACAGCUGUUAUACAGCUGAUUAUAAAACUGCCAGAUUCUAUUACAUACAAACCAUGUUAAAUACCACUAUCUCCGAUUAGUGUACAUUAUAUUAAAGUAUGAGUGUUUGGCUUGCUGCUCAAUCUCCAGGCCUAUUGUCUCUGUAAAGCUUCAGGGUUAUCAAGCACCUACUCUCAAAUAAGGAAACCAUUACCUGCUUUGAAGCAGGCUUUAGUCAAGUGUUAAGUUGUUAAGUCUUUUAAUGCCAUUUUGAGCUUUUGCCAGUAAACCCACAAGGUGGACUGAUAUAAAUUGGCUUGACAGUUUUUUUAAGCUGAAUUAGUACCAGCUUUUCUCAGAUUGAAAACAAGUUAGCUAAAUUUUUUUUUUCAGACUGAAGCUAUAUCAGUCUAACCUAUAUUUGAUUUCCACUUACAAGCUCUGGACGUGUGCCAUUUUGUCCAGUCAGUGUUGAUGUCAUUGGCAUCAUUUAGUGGCUGGAUAUACACAUUAUAUACAUAUAUAAAUUAUCUCCAUGUCAAAGUUUCAACUUGUUAUGUGAUAUAAGAUAUUUAAGAAAGGAUUAUAGAUGUAUGUGCUUGUGUGUAAAAGAUAUUGCACAGUGCAAUGAAAGUGUAAACUAUAGAAAAAUGUUUCUUUUAAUUGAUCAUGUACAUAUAAAGAAUACAGCAUUGUAAUUAGCUCCUAUUGUUAUUCUGCUACACUGAUGUUUUAUACAAAGCAGAUUUUGUUCAUAGAAAGGAACUCUUUUCUCUCAAAACGCAGACAUUUUUAAAGGAAACUCUUAGAACUGAACGUAAAAACUACUUAUUUACAUAUGAAAAAUACAAAUGCAAAUUUGUUUGUAAAAAUAUAUAUUGCCAAAUGCAUCUAAUACAGAAAAAGUAGCUUGUUUAAAAUUGACAAGACAAUGUGCCAUGGAUAUACCAUGCAUACAAUGUUUAAAUUGAGGCUCUGCCUUCAUUAUUUUCUUCAGUUGAAACCUGAGAAUAAGGUAAUUUUUGUAGAAUGACUAAAAAGAGAGACUAGAGUCACAAGAAGUUAACAGCAAAUAUGUAAUGGGUUUCUAUUAUCCAAUUAAUAGUUGGAAUUUAAACAUAAUGUACUAUUGAUGCAGUGUUUUUUCUCAGAAUUGCUGAUGGAUAAAUGAAUCUGCCAGCAUGAAGAGAGGGAAAAGAAUAUUAUUGUGGCAACUGACAUUGGUUUAGAAAGAGAAAGGUCUAGUACAUAUAUACAUAUAUAGAUAUAAAGUGCUACCAGAAGAAGUUGUUUAUCUGUACAUAAUCAUGGUUUGGUGUAACCAAAUAAACUGUUUCCACACUCCUUGUGUCGAU